AUGUUCUCCAUCAGCCCCAUCUGCUAUUUCUUGCUGCUGUUGCUGCCAAAGCUAGCUGCUGCCUUGGCCGUAAGGAAGGGGGAAUGGAAAGAGGCCCGGGGGGCACCUUCCGCCGGGGGGUCAGACGUGGCCCAGCCGAUUGGGAAGGGGGAGCCAUUGGGCAUGCAAGGAGCGGGAAGUGGAAGGAAAGAGGGGGGCAUCCCUGGAGAGCAGACUCCCCACCGGACAUGGGAGGGGGUGACCCAAGCCGGUGGGACGGAGCAGCCAGAGGCUCUUGCAGGGCAACGUGCCCUCCGGAAGCUCCCUCCAGUGGAAGCCAGCAGCCCCGGGGUGUGGCCAGGCGAUGGCGGUGGCGGCCUGUGGCAGCGCUGCGGCAGCUGGACCGUCAAAACCAGCCUCAUCUGCGCCCUGGGCCUUCUUGUGAUGGUGGGCAACGGGGCGGUCAUCGCAGUCAUCGCCUCGUCCGUGUCUGGCUGGAGCCGCAGCAGCCGGCUGGUGCUGCUCUCGCUGGCUGCGGCCGACGCCGCCUCGGCUCUGCUGGUGGUGCCCCUCAACUUGUACCAAGGCCUGGUCCUGGGGCCGGGGGUGGCGGAGGGGGCUGCAGGCGGGGAGAGCCCCUACUGCCGAGCGGUGGCCUUCGUCAACUGCGCCAUCUUCGGGGCCUCCCUGUACUCCUUGGCGGGCGUCUCGCUGGAGCGCUACGUGGCCGUCUUCUUUCCCUUGCACUACGGGCGCCUGUUGAGCCACUGCCGGGUGGCCACGCUCAUUGCGGCUGCCUGGUUGGUGCCGGUCCUGCUGCUGGUGCCCCUGGCCGUGCCGGCCCCCGCGGCCAUCCUGCGGGUCCGAUUCUCGGCCGCAGCGCUCCUGUGCGAGCCGGACUAUGGCUCCAACACGGCUUAUGCCGUCUUGCUAGCAGGCGCCAUCUUCUGCCCGGCCGCAGGGACCAUCACCUUUACCAACUUGCGCCUGUGGCUGGUGGCCCGCUCGCAGCGUCGGCGCGGGAAGAGCCGGGCCCUCUCGGGGAAAGGGGCGGGGCCAAAGAGGCUCCGCCUGCUGCAACUGGACACCGCAGCCCGCAUUCUCCUGCCUGUGGUCAUAGCCUUCUACGUCUGCUGGGGCCCCUGCAUAGUCACCAUCCUGUACAAUUCUCUGACCCAGGAGAGAGUCCAUGAAUGGGUGGAGUUUGCAGCCUUGUGGCUCCCCACGGGUAGUGGCUUCCUCAACUGCUUUGUCUACUUCUGGAUCAACAGGAACUUCCGGCACAAAUUCCAGAGGAUCGGGAGUAAGCUGUGCUGUCGAGCCAGGCGGGAGCAGCGACGGCAGCCCUGUUUCCCCACCGUCAGUUGUGCUGUGGAGCGGGGCAGUGAGCUCCUGGACCUGCCCACGGGCUGCUCUUCCAGCGUUUCUUCUUCCAAUGGCCUCGUGCUCUUCCAAGAAGGCCAAGCCAAGCUGUAG